AUGAUCUAUGACUGUAUUGUGCUACCAGGCGGCGGAGUCGAUGAUGAUGGAAGUCCGUCUGCGUGGGUAGCUGCUCGAUUGGAUCGUGCUGUUGAAAUGGCCUCAUCAACAUGCUACUUUUUGGUUUUAAGUCGAGGCACAACGCAUCGUCCGCCCGUACUCGAUGCACACUCGUUUCCUGUCGAUGAAGCGACCGCUAGUGCAGCGUACUUGAUGGAAAGAAAUAUUCCAUCGGAGAAGAUUCUGAUCGAAAAUUGGUCGUUAGACACGAUUGGUAAUGCGUAUUUUGCUCGUCAAUGUGUUCUAGAGCCAAUGGAAUUGUUUCGUUUGGCAGUAAUUACGAAUGAAUUUCAUAUGCUUCGAACGAAAAUGAUCUUCGACUGGAUCUUUUCUUUGGCAAGUUCGAGUAAAGAUCGAUGCACAAGAUUUCAUCUCGAUUACUUCGCUGUGCCGAAUCGAGGCAUGACGAAUGAACAACUGAUUGCUCGCAUUCAAAAAGAAGCUCUCGCUUGCGAAGACUUACAAACCAAAACUCAGCACAUCACGACUUUCCCUCAGUUGGUCAGAUUUUUAUUCGUCGAACAUGGAGCAUACAAAGCCAAACCUCUCCAUUCACGCCGAAGUCAGUUAGAUCCUUUAACAGCGUCAACGUAUUAA